CUGGAUUGGUUGUAGCCGCUCUGACUUAAGCAGUUUCAGAGGGAGGAACCAAAAGAAGAAUGGCGUCUGCAGGAGAAGCGCAAGAUAUGGAGGUUGACAGGCGAGUCGAGUCGGAGGAGUCUGGGGAUGACGAGGGGAAGAAGGGACUGAACGAGUCUGACCCCGCACAACAGGGUAACGGAGCGAAAGAGUCACCUGUUGACAUGGAAACUAUAAUUCUUGACCCCGAAGCAGAGGAUGUGGAUUUGAUUCACUGUCGAAUCGGGAAAAUAGAGGGCCUUGAGGUGCUCCAGAAGGCAAAGAUACUGAGCCUGCGUCAGAACCUGAUCAAACAGAUUGAGAACCUGGAGGAGCUGGGCUGUCUGAAUGAGCUAGACCUCUAUGACAACCAGAUCAAGAAGAUUGAGAACCUCCAGGCCCUCACAGAACUCGAGAUCCUGGACAUCUCCUUUAACAUCCUGCGCAGGAUGGAGGGGCUGGAGCGCCUGACUAAACUGCGGAAGCUGUUCCUCAUGAACAACAAGAUCUGCAAGAUUGAGAACCUGGGACACCAGCAGCAGCUGGAGAUGCUUGAGCUGGGCUCCAACAGAAUCAGGGUCAUAGAGAACAUUGACAACUUGUCACACCUGGACAGUUUGUUUCUGGGGACGAACAAGAUCACAAAGUUACAGAAUCUCGAUGGACUCACCAACCUGACGGUCCUCAGUAUACAGAGUAACCGCAUCACCAGGAUAGAGGGUCUGCAGUGCUUGAUGAACCUGCGUGAGCUGUACCUCAGCCACAAUGGGAUUGAGGUCAUUGAGGGGCUGGAAAACAAUAGAAAACUGACCACAUUGGAUAUUGCUGCAAACAGAAUAAAGAAAAUUGAAAAUAUCAGUCAUCUAACAGAGCUUCAGGAGUUCUGGAUGAACGACAACCAGAUAGAAAACUGGGGGGACCUGGACGAGCUGAAGAAUGCUCAUUCCCUGGAGACGGUGUACCUGGAAAGGAACCCCCUACAGAAAGACCCCCAGUACCGGCGCAAAAUCAUGCUAGCCCUGCCCACCGUGCGACAGAUUGAUGCCACCUUCAUCCGCUUCUGACCUGCCAGGCCCCCCUGCCCUUCUCUCCUCCCUGGGACUGAAUAUCCAGUGUCUGCACGCGCACCCUGCGGUUCAGCCUGAACCAAGACCUUUAAACACAAAGCACACCGACCAGUCCGUGGAAUGAGCUUACGAGUGUCUCUUACUUUGCUGUGUCUGCUGUUUUUAAUAUUAUUUAUUAAACCAUUAAUACAUUAUAAUCAAACCCAGUGUAAGAAAGACACAUGUCUAGCGCUCUGGUUCUUGAUGAGGUUGUGAGUAUUUUCAUUCCCAGCAGUCCAGAGAUUGAUGUCCACAGACUCGUACUGCACAUGGUGAGCUGGUUCAUAAAAAAGAUAUGUCACUUGAUACUGUUUCUUUUUUCUGUCCGUCUGGAUAGGGACAAGUGAAUUGGCAUUUUAAAAAUAAAUAAAAUAAACAAUUUGCAAUGAAAGAAUUCUCAGCUAUUGCUAGCCUUGAAAAUUGUAUACAUAUACGGCAAACAGAGUUUAAUUUAAAAGCAACACUUAGGAAACAGACCACAUAAAGCAGGAAUUGAUUGUAGUGAACAAAUGUGUUUGAAGAAAAUACACAAGGACAAACUGUAUGCACUGUAAACACCUGUUGGGAAGGAAAGAUAAACUACUACGAGUAAGUCCAGGAAAGUUACUUCCAUGCAUCACAGCUGUCUUAUGUAUACCCAUGUGAACCAUCUGGCAUUUUCAGUACAGUAAAAGACACUGAAACUAUA